AUGCCAGAAGAAAACGGCAAUCUGACGACUGCUAAGGAUGGGAAAAAUGCCCAAAAAAGGAUCAACGGAACUGAGCGCGAUACGGAUGAACAGAAGACAAGAAAUAAUGAUUGUAGCUCCGAACCCAGGGGAUUGUGGAUGCCACAGGUAAGUACUACCUACAGAGUGGAGAAAAAACCUGGAACAAGACAAAAAAAUUGA